CUUCGCUCUCCCAAAUCCACAAUUUGUCCCUUGGCCGCCUGAUCCCAAAACUCAGCAACCAAAGAAAUACGGAGGGUUGUGGCUGGAAGCUCGCACAGUGCUUAGUUGGAGAGAGCGAGAGAGAAAGACAGAGAGGGAGAUGGAGCAGCAGCACGAUGAACAAGAGCACGAAGUGUAUGGAGGAGAGAUCCCUGACGAGGGCGAGAUGGACGCUGACGUUGAGAUGUCUUCUAGGGCUGAGGAAGACGAACUUCAAGAUCCUAACUCCAAGGACUUGGAGGACAUGAAGAAGAGGCUUAAGGAGAUCGAAGAAGAAGCUGGCGCCCUUCGUGAAAUGCAGGCCAAGGUUGAGAAGGAGAUGGGCGCUGUUCAAGAUUCAUCCAGUGCUUCUGCAACUCAGGCUGAAAAGGAGGAAGUGGAUGCUCGGUCCAUUUAUGUUGGUAAUGUUGACUAUGCAUGUACUCCGGAGGAAGUCCAGCAGCACUUUCAAUCUUGUGGAACAGUAAACAGAGUGACGAUUUUGACGGACAAGUUUGGUCAACCAAAAGGAUUUGCUUAUGUUGAGUUUGUUGAAAUUGAUGCUGUUCAGAAUGCUGUCCUGUUAAAUGAAUCAGAAUUGCAUGGUCGUCAAUUGAAGGUCUCUGCUAAGCGAACAAACGUUCCGGGAAUGAAACAAUAUAGGGGAAGGCGGUCUAAUCCAUAUUUAGGUUUUCAAUCCCGAAGGCCAUUCAUGCCUGUCUAUGCUCCAUAUGGUUAUGGAAGGGUUCCAAGGUUCAGACGACCCAUGCGAUACAGGCCAUACUAAUGGUUACAUGGUUGAUGUAAUUUUUUACCCCCCAGAAUUCAAGCUUGUAGUGUUACGUUUCUCGUACUAUGAAUUUUAUCUGCUUGGGACGGGGGAUAAAAGAGGCUAGUAUGCAGAUGUUUACUGUAGUCAUAAUUACCCCUAGGCCGCUAUAAGUUCCUCUGCUAAAUUUGUAAUUUUCAAUUCUGUAUGGAUGAGCUCAGACGUUUUAGAAUUCAAAUUAAUCUAGCAUUUGCAUCCAGUUAUGUACUCUAA